UUGCAUUAUGUGACCAUGGGGCGUAUGGUAUCACUGCCGUUUGCCGGAUUCAAGAUUCAACAUGUAGCAGCGCAUUUAAAUUGCCAGUUCUAUCAAACAUCAACGAUGGUAGAUUUUAACGAUGGAGUGGACGGGAAGCUGGUCUUUAGAAUGCGAAAGGUCAAUCCCGAGCAAUUUCACACGCUCGUAAAAAUGCACCUGUCCUUUGAACUGGAUCUUAACACGGAAGAUAGCGAUGGUACUACCGAAAAGGCAAGAUUGAAGAAAUGGGGUCUUCUAAGCUUUACCAAGAAAUCGAAAUCUUCGGUUAAUCUAGAAAAGGGUACGGAAAGUGUUAUGUUAUCUGAGAACGGUAUAAAUCACUUGACACAACUGAUAGAUUAUCUGUCUAAGGAACAAAAUAUCAUACAAGAAGGAAUAUUUCGACGUACUGGCAAGUUAACGAGACAGCAGGACUUGAAAACAGCUAUGUCGCAAGGUGUAUUUUUGGAUCUCGAUGAUGGUAGAUUUAGCGUACACGAUUGUGCCUCUGUGUUAAAAGGGUUCCUGGCAGAACUGUCUGAACCGCUGCUGACUGACCUGCAUUAUCCUGCUCAUUGCCAGAUUGCAGAAUUGUGCAGCCUAGAUGCAAAGACAAACGAUACGAGAUUACUGAGCUCUUUACAGUUGCUGUUACUGCUUUUGCCACCUCCUAACAGAAUUCUACUGAAAGCUAUUCUUACCUUGUUGAAUAAGACUGCGAGUUAUGAGCACAGUAACAAAAUGAACAGCGAUACGUUAGCCACUCUCUUCACACCGCACUUGUUAUGCCCACGAAAACUGUCACCUGAAGCCUUGCACAUCAACUCUCAGAAUUUGUCGUGUCUAGUCGCAUUUAUGAUUAGGAAAGGUACAGAAUUAUUCGAGAUUCCACCGAAAUUGGCUACGGAUAUAAGAGCAUACUGGGUGGAACAAGAAAGAAAAUUGCUGAGCCCUCAGAAGACUGAUCUGAACGAGUCGGUACCUGACGCAACUAGUACAGCCCACACUGUGUUCAGUUUUGUCGAUCGUAAAUUAACAGCGAAGGCUAAUUCCACGCAGGACACGCAGGCGGCCUUGGCGCAGUUAUACGCUCAUAUACAAGCCAUGCCGGAAUCUGCCAAAAAGCGGCGCCUCGUAAAACAGUUUAAUAAGGAGAAUGGACAAGGUACACCUAGGCAUGUAAAGAACUGCAAGACCAAGAGUAUUGGGGAUUCCAUCAAGAAACAUAUCUUUCAAAAGAAAAUCUUGGGCCACAAAAAAUUCAUUGAUAUUAAUAUUGGAUGCAAUAUCACUAGAUCGAGCAGCGAAGAAAAUAUAUUGUCGAUGAAACUAGAAGACUCGUUCCUUCCGGCAAGAGGGGUUCUUAGCAAAUCAAACGACGAACUUAGCACGGAAAACUGUGAUACUACUAGUAACGAUCUUUUACAUGCAAAACACACAAGUAGUAUAGAUAGCAUUAAGAAUGAGACUUUGACAAAUUGUAAAAUGAAGAAGAAACCAUCGAUCAAUGAAUCUACAAACAUGAGACAAGAAUUAGAUGGAAGUAGUACGCAGCACGAUACAAAAAAGGGUUCGAUCGAGCUCAGUUUAAGUACAAGUUUUCAAGAAAUUAACGUAAUAACUAACGAGGAUAGUCAAUCUGACACUAGCAAAUUAACGCGACCACUCAGCGAGCCACCUGACUUAGAAAUGUAUUCUACUCAUAGUCUAACUCACUGUGACAAUUUAACGAAUGACGGUAAAUUGAUGCGACGAAACUCGGAAUCUAUCCUCCCAUCUGUUGCAACACUAAAUGUACAAAACUCUUCUUUAAAAACUUUUACCUCAAAUGUAAAAUCAUCCGAGGCCCCUUUGAAUGUUGAAUUGCAUGCUGAAAAUGCAUGUACAUUUAAUUUACAAUCUCCAAGGGUAAAAAACAGAUUUAGAAAUGUGUACGCUGUUCAUACGUCGACGCCAUCGAGUUUAUUACGACGAAGCCUGGCAACUAACGAUUAUAUCUUGACUCCUAUUACUAACAAUGACCGAAGCAUGAGUCCAAUUACGCAAAGCGCGACAAAAAUGACGAAAGCUAUGCAGGAAACUAUGAUGACUCCGCGGUCCAGGAAGCCAGUAAUGAUCGUUUCAACUUCGAACUUAUGCAAUCUCGUCACUGGCAACAACAGCUGUGAUUUACGUGGAUCAAAUCUGGACAUGGUUAGUGCAAUAAAUAAUUGCGCUUCCAUUUUAGAAGAAUCCCAGACAUACAACAGUAUGGACAAUGUGCAAACUCAAGAGAACACAAAAGAUGUCGAAACUACAGAAAAUAAUGGAUUAGAUACGUUCAAGAAACACAGCUGUGUACAAACUAUUGCAAACUGUUGUGCCUGUACGCAAAAAAGUUCGAUGUCCAUCACGAGCACAUUUAGGGAGUAUCUGUUGUCGCGAAGCGUCUUAACCGCCAGCCCCGUCGAUCUCAGUUUUACGUCGCGGACGGGAGACUUCGAGCCAUCGGAAUCCGAUUUGAACAUAUUGAAUGACGAUACGCUGUCUGAUAGUCUAUUAUGCUGUCUGGACGGUAAUCAACCAGAAUCUGACACUUCCGGCAUAGCAUCCGGCAGUACAAACAGUGCGAAUAAUUCCACUGAGAAAACAGAGGAAUCAUCUUCUCCACGAAAACGAGGGACCAGCUUACAACGAAACGAUUCAAAAAAAUCAGCGAAAGAAAAUGUGAUCAAGAGCACAAGAAGCGACGAGUGCAAAUAUAAACGAGACGAAUCAAUAUUAAAUCCAGCAAAAAUGCAAGAUAGCUUUCAAGAAACAUCGUUUUAGCUAUCUAUAUAAAGUUAUUUAGUUACUAGUAUUAAUAUAUCGUUAAGUAUAAGUAGAAUUCUUUACUUUAUAUACUUUAAGCAAAACUGCCACAUUAAUUUAAGUUGACCGGUAUGAGUUUUUAUACAGUAUGUCUCACGUAAUUGGGCAGAAAUAGGAUAUCUUUAAAACGAUUGGAGAUAGACAAAAAUUAAAAGCAAAAUCAAGUGAUUUUAAUUGAUUCACAUUUCUGUGCUACCUUCAUGCAUUUUUGUGAUAAGUGCAUUACAAGUACGCUUUUUUUAAAUGAAAUCCCACAUUUUUAAGUGCACUAAUUUAUACAAUUUUUUCUCCUUUGCAAAAAACAGCUAGUUACUUUAUAAUUAUUUUAACUGAUUUCAAAGAUACCUAUUGGAUGUUAGAUAUUACGAUAUUUUUUGCUUUCUAAGUUUUUUGUAAGAGGAAAAACAGUGUCGAUAAGUACGUUUAAAAUGUGGGGUUCUAUGUAAAAAAAAAGAGCGCAACUGUAUUUCGUAACUUGUGUAUGAAAAUGUAUGAAAAUAACAGAGAACUGUGAAGCAUUUAAAAUCAUUUAAAUUUUUUUCUGAAUUUUUUUCUAUCUCCAACUAUUUUGAAAGAUGAACAGAAUUCCAGUUAUAUGAGAUAUCCUAUAUAUAAUUUCAUCUCGAAUUUAUGACUGAUUAUUCAACAACUGGAUUAUUUAUUCCAUUUUAUGUGGAAAUUAAAUUGUUACUAACUGUGCAUAUGAUGCAAGAUGUUUAAAAGAACUUUCAUUUUUCUUUCAUGACAUAUAUAAACUUAAUAAAGAGAUGUUUCUAAAAGCUAUGUAUUACUAUGAAAUGCAACAACAUAUUUUUGUACUUCAUUUUGUAAUCGUUAAAUUGCAUAAUACAUAACAAUACGCUUUGAUAUCAAGUGUAAUUACUAUCUCUAUGUAUCUCAAAUAAAUUUGCGAUGCAGAGUUUUGAAUAUUUACAAGUAAAAUCGAAUAUGAGAAAUAAUUUGCAUAAUACAACUUUUAAUCGAUGGUUAUAUAAGUUAAAAAUUUUGAAAGAUUAUAUUCAAGGUUAAUCUGUAUUAAUCUAUAUCUAUAUACUAAAUAUGAAGCCGUGUAAAUCCAACAAUGUAUUAUCUUUUUAUUUUUAAAUACAUAUAAUAAUGAUAGAUUUUCAGAUAUA